UCCGGUUUGAGUCUCACUACUCCCUCAGAUCCAGUUUUCGGACGGGUAGGCGGCGAUGUGACAUUCAACUUUUCACUUAAUCCUUCAAAUGUCGUGUUACAGGCUGUGGCCUGGAGGUUAAACAAUACUAACAAUGUAGUGAUUUGGACGGGUGGUGCAGUUUCAUACGGAGUGGGAUAUGAAGGGAGAGCCGAUCUGAGCACAAUGACGGGAUCUCUGUCGCUCUUCAGACUGACUCUACGGGACUCGGGACAGUACAGCGUGAGCAUCAUAACUGCUGGGGGAGAGACUGUGAGUGGAAGCGUAACACUUAAUGUGUUAGACUGCUGUGCAAAGGUGAGCCUCAUUACUCCACAGUAUCCAGUUAAUGCCACAGUGGGUGGAGAGGCCACUUUUGAUAUGUCUAUUGAUCCCCCAAGUGAACAGGCGCAAACUGGAGUCUGGAAAUUUGGUCCAAGAAUUGUUGUAACUUGGAUAGGCACAAAUAUUGUUUAUGUAGAAGAAUAUAAUGGAAGAGUUGAGCUGAUCCCUGCCACCGGCACUCUGAAGUUUAAUAAAGUGUUGGCUAGUGACUCAGGAGAGUACAAAGUGACAAUUACAACGGAGGAAUCAUUUGCCAAUCUAAAUGGAAAAGUUGAGCUGAAUGUGUAUGACUCUUGUUCAGCGGUAAGCCUUAUAACUCAGACUCCAGUUAUCGGAAAAGUGGAUAGAGAGGUCACGUUUAAUGUGUCAAUUGAACCAUCAAGUGAACAGGCAAAUAUUGGAAUGUGGACAUUUGGUUCCAAAACUGUUGUUAACUGGAUAGGCACAGCAAUAAAUUAUGGAGAGGACUAUAAAGGAAGAGUCGAGCUGUCACCCGCCACUGGAACGCUGAAGUUUAACAAACUGUUUGCUAAAGACGCAGGAGAAUACAAAGUGGUGGUUACAACAGAACCGUCCUCCAUCAGUGUAAAUGGGGAAGUGGAGCUGAAAGUUGACAUCUGUCCUUCAGUUGUGAGUCUCAUAACUCCUCAGAAUACCUUUAUUGGACAAGUAGGUGGAGUGGUCACAUUUAAUGUGUCACUUGAUCCACCAAGUGAACAGGCAAAUAUUGGAAUGUGGGCAGUUGGUUCCAAAGUUGUUGUAAACUGGAUAGGCAUAACAAUAAAUUAUGGAGAAGACUAUGAAGGAAGAGUUGAACUGACUCCAACCACUGGGACUCUGAAGUUUAAUAAACUGUUUGCUAAUGACUCAGGAGAGUACAUACUUUUAGUUUCAGUGGAACCAUCUUUCUUCAGUCUAAAUGGAAAAGUUAAGCUGAAAGUGCAUAAUGAAAUAUCCAGUGACUGAAGACCACCAAUGAAGAUGCCAUCAGCAAUUCUCCUAUUUUCCUUCUGAUUCUUGUCAAUCAAGUUGCCAGUGUCCUAAUUACCCUGAUCUUCAUCAAGCAAUGCACUUACAUUAAACUAGAACAGAAUGUCAACAUGGGCCAUAUUCAUAAUAGUAAACUGUUAUACAAAAGGGGAUAGCAACUCCUCUUUUUGAAAAAUAUUGUGCAAACAUUUGUUACAAUGAUAAUCAUGCAAUUGUCAUUACCGUAUCAAGGAGGGAUUUGAUAUUAGAGCUACAUCUUAGUUGGAUGUACAUUGGGUUGGAAUAGGACUACUUAAUAAGGUUAAUGUAAAUUAAAUUGUAUUUAAAAGAUACACAAUAAGCACAAACAGUGUUGUUAAUGUGUGCUUUUCCCAAGUAAUGUCCAAUUCAAGUUUUAUUUGGAAAAGAAAUGUGGAUGACAGCCUUUAUCGUUCCAUUCCAUUUUGUUACUGUUUAAUCAUUUGUUGUGAACCCAAGUCAACUUAGCAAACCUGUCCAAUAACAAUCCUAAGUCCAAGUAAUUUCAUGGUAUGCACUAAUAACUGAAAUGUUAAUAUGGAAUUUUUGCAGAUUGUAUAUAAUACAUCUCAACUUGUCUUCAUGUGGUACCGAUGGCUUAGGCAUGAAAUCUGAUUAUUAAUGAUCUUAGGGUUGAUCUCAUGUUUCAUAAGUGUGUCUCAUUGAAAUGGACACUAUAAACAAGAAUGUCUGAAAAUGUAUAGCUGUAUUUAAUUUAAUAGGAACUCAAAUUGACUUACCUGAUGUAUUCCUUUACCUUGUUUUCACCAGCUCAUUUCUGAACCCAGUUCCUUUUUAUUACUUGUGGAAAAAAAAUUGAGGAUAUGUAAUUUACAAUAGCAAAUGUAUAACUUUAGGUUUCAAGAAGCUAGCAAAACUCAUAAAUCAAGGAGAUAUAAGGUAAAAGGUAAUUUUUGAAUUCCCUCAUCACAGUUCUUUAAAAAGUAGAAAAUAUUAUUUAAAUGACUUCUUUAUCUCCAAAAGUGUCAACUCUUAAAAUAUUUUAGCUGUUAUUAAAGAGAAUAUAAGUAGUAUUUCUUGGCUUUAUCAACUGUUGACAUAGUGCUCGUUAGAUUAACUUUAUCAAAACUAGCAGAAGACAACAAUUUAUUGAAAUCUCAAGCAAGGAGUGAAAUUUGGUUAUUCGGUGCCUUUGUUUUUUCAUCAAUCUAUGCAAAACAUGCUAUAAUUAAUUUUAAAAGCGUACAUCUCAUGCACCUCUCCACAGUAACUUAAUCUAAAAUAUAUUAAGAGUUGGACCCCAAUUGUCCAAUUGUGAAAAAUACCAUGUAGUUAUGGCAUUCCUUGGUUAUAUGUUUAAGGAC